AUGGGUCAAGCAUCUUCUACUGAAAAACAACCUUCAACUAAGGUUUUCCUACCAUCAACACCAACCCAGUUUUCUGCUGGUCUUAUUUCAAAGAUGGAUACUUCUAUUGAGUCUGAUUAUACUCGCUCGCAGUAUACUGAAAAGUAUAUCCAGGACCGUGUGGCUCAGGAACUCGAGAAAAUCGAACAAGAUGCUGCCUCUGCUCUCAAAAAGGCCUUUGACGAAUCUACUAAUCCUUCAGCAGAUAAUACAUCCUCUUCUUCUUCCAACAGCAUAUCCAGUGCAGACCUGCGGGCCCAGGUUAAGCAGCUGAGCGACAAGUUGGAGGCUACUCGUACACGUCAUACUCUCGACAAUGACACCUCUGCAGCCCGUUCUGCUGUGGCCAAGUGCUUGACUGAUAAUGCAACCAAGCCUCUCAAGUGUUACGACGAGUAUUUGGCUUUUAAGCAAAAAGUGGCCGAGUAUGAACAGAAGCUUUAA